AUGAAAAAAAAGGGAGCAGCAGACGGAAACCACCCCCCUUUUUAUGAAUGUUUCCGGGGGAUCGUUGAAUUUGCAAUAUCGCCCAAGGGCCGAGAGGUGGAGACGGGUACGACGGGGAGGGAGAGCUGGCGAAGAGAGAUAUGCCGCCGGGCUAGACUCUCUCAGGGAGGGACAGGGGGCCAGGCGGAGAGGUUCGUGGAGCUCAAGAUGCUUCGCUGGGUUGGUGAAGAAGAAGAGAAAGGGAGACAGCAGACAAGACGGCUUAAAGGAGAAGGUUUGACGAGGUUGAAGCCGGAGCAGGAGGACGGCCUCGAGCGUGAGGAUGUAUGCAAAAAAGAAAAGAAGACGCAGCAGAACGGCGCAGAGACAGGAGCAGAGAGAGCAGGAGAGAGCAAGAAAGUGAAGCUGGAGAAGACCAACGGGGCAAAGGGAGAGAGAGUGAAGAAGGGAAGCUCGGUGAAACUGCUCGGGGAGGUCACGCCUUUGGAUGCUGCCUUAGAGACGGUGACCUGA